CCCAGCGGAUACUCAUAUAACGAAACGACCCACUGCCGCUGCUGCUGCUGCUGGUUGGUCAUCGUCUGGUCGUCGUCGGUCUUGCGAAGGCCAUUUGCUUGAGAAAGUCAUCUUUGCGGCGACCUUGACGGGCGAGGCUUGCCGUUUCGUCGUACUGUAUAUUCCAGCCUCAGUGGGGGCAUCAUCUUGGACAAGCGGUCAUCGUAGACGGCACGCGACGGUCUCUUCACGACCAAGUCAGUCCCAAAUUCCCCAACGAUCUUCAGAAAAACGAAAUGUCGCGGGGAUAUCAGAACAUGCAGCAAGAGCAGCAGGAGAGCGCAAGACGGUUUCAACUCACUCCUUCAGCCCCUCCAAGGACAGAGUCUCGCACUGCGGCGACGGUAGCACCUCAGACAACCAGUCGGCCAGCUUUCGCACGGCCGUUUCCAAAGAGCACGAGCAACUCCAGCGGCCUUUCAAAGUACGCCCGAGAUGGAAGCCUGCAAGCGGCCACCUACUCUGAGUCGCCAUUUGCCGAUCCUCAGUAUACCUCCACUUUUCACCGUGACGAUACCCGAGACGAGCCGGAUUCGAGGUCGUUCUCGCACACAUCUGGCUCUUCUAUACCGGCUGAUGACCGAUAUGACGGAUCAGGGACAAGCGGAGGUGGAGGAUCAGCUGGGGUUAGUGGCGGCGCAUCCAACUUGCUGUCGGGCAGCAAAGUAUCUGCGUUCAAACAAAAGUUCAAAUCGAAAGCUUCCGAGGCAGCGAAAGUCACCGCCGAAUGGAGAGCGAAAGCUGCUGAAAAGGGGUCCGAGAUUUCGGCAAAGGCGAAGGUAGCUGUUGCAGAGUAUAAAGAGCGAUCCGGGAAGCCAGGGAGUGGGUCGGCGUCCGCGAGUCAAGAUGGAGUCGCGAGUGCCCCGGUCUUUGGAGUGUCUCUCACCGAUGCAUUGGCGAAAUCUCGGGUGGAUGCUAUAAAUGGUCCCUUAUGGUACCCGGAAGAGGCUGUUCGCAAUGUGCCGGCGGUAUUUUACCGAUGUAUCGAGUAUCUUGAUAUCCAUGGACUCGAGGAGGUUGGAAUAUAUCGCGUUUCCGGAUCCACCACAGAAGUUGCAAAUCUACGGCACAGAUUCAAUACUGAGUCGGACAUCGAGCUCAUAAAAGAGCAGAUAGAUCCGAAUGCCGUGGCGUCCCUCUUCAAAGCUUGGCUCCGCGAGCUCCCAGAGUCGAUCCUGACCGAUUCCACGGUCACCCCACUCUCCCGCAUGUACCAAGCCUUCCAGGACGACGCCGCCUCGCUCGUUUCCACAUUCUCAGCGCAUCAAGUCAAACCUGGAGCCACAGGGUCGUCUUUAGGGACCUCACCACUAUCAUCCGUCGCGUCGGACAUUCCUCCGCAGCUGGUAGCGGAAACGAAGAAACAGCUUGCAUCUAUACCAAAUCACCAUCGAGCCCUGCUGUACAUUCUUUUCUCGCAUUUGAACCGGGUCACAGAAAACGAGGCGAAGAACAAGAUGGGGCUUGCGAACUUGCAGGUCAUCUUCUGUCCGACUUUGAGCGUGGGGAGCGCGCUCUUCAAAACGUUGAUCCUGGAGAGGGAGACACUGUUUGGGCCUGCGUCUGGAAGCUACGCCGCGGCGCCGGGACAUGGAUAUCACAAUGAUCCGACGAUCGGGAUCUUGAAGGACAUCAAUCUCUCUCCUGCCACGUCCUCAACAAACACCCCACGCAUGACGCCGAUGGACUCUGCCGCGUCAUCAAAAUCCAAUUCGCCGAAUAAGGACCUUCCUGGGCUGCCGCCACCUGCAAAACCAGCACGGGCACGGCCGCAGUCCGUUGCAUCUUCGUUGGGAAUCGGCAAAGGUUCUCGCAUGAGCGGAGAUAUCAGCAGCAAUGGUACGGUGCGGACGUCUCCUCAGCGGACAUCGUCUUCAGCAAACGAUGCUACCUCAGUACCUGCAUUGCAGUAUCUAUCCAUGUCAAAUGCCGGUCCCAGGAAUCCUGCAUCCCACUCUGCGCCGAGGCAGGCCCCGGCGCGCAGCUCGCAUCACGAACAGCAACAACAGUGGGACGACGUGUCCACCCACAUACCCGACGCCAUCCAAUCCUCCCCGUCCUCCUCGUCUCGCGACUCCAUCGACGCCGGAUCCCAAACCACCAACACGAAAGCAACAAUGCGCAUCAGCUGGGGCUCCUCGAGUCCCAUUGGCACCGCUGCCGCCGCGUCGCUGCAGGACCUCAUCCACCAGUCCUCACAAAUACAGCAGGUACCAAACACUUACCCGCAUGAUCAGCAGCAACCACACGCCGACUCGACAUCCUCCGCGCUGCACUCCGUCGCAGGCGCCCGCGCGUCGACACAGUUGGCCGCCCCACCUAGCGCCUCUAGCACGUCCACGACCUCUACGGAUCCUGCAGGGGUACUGCUCAACCUAAUGGACGAAGUCGAUCCAUUUGCAGACCCUACUAGUCCGCGUGGGCAGCAGCAACAGUAUGGGUAUCACCAGCACCAAGCUUACUCCCAACCCCCUGUACACGGCCGCGAACCCCCACAAUCAUAUUACGACCAACAAGAUCAGCAACAACAGCAACCAACAUCCCCCCAACACCUCCACCACCCGCACAACCCCUUCGCCCAACCCCAAACCUUUAUCACCACCCCCGCCCGCAAAGGCUCUCUGGACUACACCCUUGCGCUUCGCCAACAACAACAACAACAACAACAAAAACACCAAGUACCAUACGCGCAACAACCCACCCGCCACCACCACUCCCACUCCCUCCCGCCCCACCAUACCCUCGUCAACCACGAAUCCCUCCCAUCACAGCCGCCCUCGCACAACAAUAACAAGAACGGUAAUACGGCUGGACAGCAGCGGUAUUCGCAGCCGAUUGCGCCGAGUUAUGUGCAGCAGAGUUAUGUGCAUGUGCCGUCGGCGGUUGUGCAUACGGAGAGGGUGGGAGGGAGGGAGGAGGAUUUGAGGCCGCCGGUUAGGUUGGAUUCGUGGGCUGUGGGCGAGGAGGGUGGGCAGGGGGGGCAGGGGAAGCCGGUGUUGCCGCCUAGACCGGGGGGUUAUACCUCUCCUUCCUCGUGAGGAGUGUGUGGAAGGAACAUUGGUUGUGAAAUUGGUGGAUACCCGCCUUUUCAUUUUUGAUGGGUCACUGGACAAGUGGGUGCAUUUGUGAUGGUGCGGCAUGGACUGGGUUGGUGACGGGACAAAAAUGUAUCAUAAAUUAC